UACACUAUAUAAGUUAUAGCUGUGUUUGUUUCACACUCUUGUCUCUCUGUCUCUCUCUGAUCGGAAACGAAAAACAAUGGGUUUAACAUUCGCACUCCGAAAUCGACAUGUUCUCGCAAAAGCAAAACGAAAACAUCAUGUUUUUGAUCCAAAAUCCUUAAACUUCUGCACUUUCUCACACUCACAGUCACAGACCUCAACAAAACAAAACGAAGACACCGUCAACGAAAUCUCGGCCAUGCUCAAGCAAAUGAACUGGCAGUGCCUCAUCGAAUCCUCGGACAUACCAAAGAAGCUGAACCCAGAAGUUGUUCGCUCCGUUCUUCUUCAGAACAAGGUAUCUAACCCCAAACGCCUCCUUCAUUUCUUUGAUUGGUCCACUUCUCAAAUGGGUGGUGGUCCUCAGAAUUUGUAUUCUUUUUCGAUUCUGGCUGUUUCUCUGUGUAAUUUGAGGCUUUAUGCACAUGCUAGUGGCGUUUUAGAGCGAAUGGUGAUGACCCAGAAGCCAGUUUUGGAAAUUCUUGAUUCUAUUCUUAGGUGUCGUGUAGACUGUGGCGGGUCUAAUUGUGAUGUUAUGGUGAUUGAGAUUUUGGUUGAUGUUUAUAGGAAGAUGGGUUUUUUGAAUGAGGCUGUUACUGUGUUUUUGGAAGCUAAAAAUGGUGGAUUUCUGCCUCGUUUGUUGUGUUGUAAUUCUUUGUUGAAGGAUUUAGUUAAGUGUAAUGGGAUGGAGUUGUUUUGGAAGGUUUAUGAUGGGAUGUUAGAAGCUAAGAUAAGUCCUGACGUUUAUACUUACUCUAAUGUGAUCAAUGCGCUUUUUAAAGUUAGGAAUGUGGAGGGGGCUAAAAGGGUGCUUUUUGAGAUGGAGGAGAAGGGCUGUCGUCCUAAUGUGGUUACCUACAAUGUAGUGAUUGGAGGGUUGUGCAGAAGUGGGGCUGUUGACGAAGCUUUUGAGCUGAAGAAGUCGAUGGCAGGAAAGGGGUUGUUCCCGGAUAAGUAUACUUACUCCACACUUGUUGAUGGGUUAUGCAGACAGAAAAGGUUGGAGGAAGCAAAGUUGGUAUUGGAAGAGAUGUUCAAUGUGGGUCUACGUCCUGAUCUUUUUACCUACACUGCUUUGGUUAAUGGUUUCAUGAAAGAAGGUAAAGUAGAAGAGGCUUUGAGAAUCAAGGACGAGAUGGUUGCCCAUGGAAUAAAGUUAAACUUGGUGACAUAUAAUGUGCUUGUUAGUGGGUUCUGUAAGGUUGGUGACGUGGAUAAGGCCAGAACUAUCUUGAAGGAGAUGAUUGCAAUUGGGAUAACACCUGAUACCCAGACUUUUACCCCUCUAAUUGAUAGGUAUUAUCAAGAGAAAAAAUUGGUACAGGUUUAUGACCUACUUCUUGAGAUGAAGAAGAGGAAAUUGGAACCCACUAUAUCCACUUAUGGUGUUAUAAUAAAUGGUCUAUGCCGUUGUGGUGAUCUGCAACGGGCUAAUAGUGUUCUGGAGCAAAUGAUUGCUGGGGGUUUGAAACCAAAUGCGGUUUUGUACUCAACUCUAAUUAAAGGUCACGUCCAAGAAAGUAGAUUUGAUGAGGCAAUAUGGAUAUUGAAAGGAAUGAGGGAAAAUGGAGUUCUGCCUGAUGCUUUUUGCUAUAAUUCUCUUAUAAUUGGGCUUUGCAAGGCCAAAAGGAUGGAAGAUGCAAAGACUUUCAUAGUCAAAAUGAUUGAGAGGGGAUUGAAGCCUAAUGAAUAUACUUAUGGGGCUUUCAUCAAUGGAUAUUGUAAGGCGGGGGAAAUGCAAUUAGCAGACAGGUAUUUCAGGGAAAUGCUAGAUUGUGGAAUAGUGCCUAAUGAUGUAAUCUAUACAGCCCUGAUUGAUGGGCACUGUAAAGAGGGUAACAUAACAGAAGCCUUUUCAGCAUUUAGAUGUAUGCUUGAACGAGGGGUCAUUCCUGAUGUCCAAAGUUAUAGUGUCCUCAUCCAUGGUCUCUGUAAGAACGGAAAAACUCAGGAAGCAAUGGAGGUUUUCUCUGAACUCCUUGACAAGUCUCUGGUGCCUGAUGUUUUUACUUACAGCUCUCUCAUUUCCAGCUUCUGUAAGCAAGGUGAUUUAGACAGAGCUUUUAAAGUCCAUGAAGAGAUGUGCCAGAAAGGCAUUACUCCAAACAUUGUUACUUAUAAUACCUUGAUUAACGGACUUUGCAAGUUGGGUGCUAUUGAGAGAGCUAGGGAACUGUUUGAUGGAAUCUCAGGAAAGGGUUUGGCUCCUAAUGGUGUGACCUAUGCUACAAUUAUAGAUGGGUACUGCAAAUCUGGAAAUUUAAUGGAGGCGUUUCGAUUAUUGGAUGAUAUGCCAUCAAAGGGGGUUCCACCUGAUUGUUUCAUCUAUUCUGCCCUUGUUAAUGGGUGCUGCAAAGCAGGAGACAUGGAGAAGGCCCUUUCCUUAUCUCAUGAGAUGGUGCAGAAGGGCUUUGCUUCCACGUCUUCUUUCAAUGCUUUGAUUGAUAGCUUCUGCAAGUCUGGGAAAUUGGUGGAAGCUAACCAGUUGUUUGAAUACAUGAUCGAUAAGGAUGUGACCCCAGAUCAUGUGACCUACACAAUUCUGAUUGAUUCUUACUGCAAGGCAGGAUUAGUGAAGGAAGCUGAGCAGCACUUUCUGGAGAUGCAGAAAAAGAAUAUCAUGCCAAAUAUUGUGACUUACACUUCACUUUUCUGUGGUUACAACAACAUGGGGAAAAGAAAUAAGAUGUUUGCUCUUUUUGAGGAGAUGGUAGCAAGGGGAAUUGAGCCCAAUGAAAUGACAUAUGGCUUGAUAGGUGAUGCUUACUGCAAGGAAGGUGAUUUGAUGAAAACCUUAAAGUUGGUAGAUGAUGUAUUAGUCAAGGGUAUGAUCUUGGACAGUGAAAUAUAUGAUGCACUAAUAGAUUCCCUAUGCAAAAAGGAAAAUUUUUCUGAAGUGUUGAAGUUACUUGAUGGAGCUGGAGAGCAAGGACUUACACUAAAUCUUCCUACAUGUAGAGCUCUAAUCCGUGGUUUUUCCAAGGUGGGAAAUAUGGACAAUGCAGCAAAGGCUCUGGAAAGUAUGAUUAGAUUUGGAUGGGUUCCAGCAUCCAAUAUAAGUGGCUUAAUCAAUGAAGGCCAAAGUGUUGCAAACUCUGAGAAAUCUGUUAAUAUCUCAAAGCAAGAAAUAUCUGGAGUUGCUUGUCAGGCAGAACCUUAAUUACUCAGCAGAGAACUGGAACUUCUGCUCCCAGUGCUUCCUGUCUAUGGCUUCAUGGUUGCAAAUUCAGGUUCUGGCCUUAGCAGGGUGCUAAAGUGAAUUAACCCUAAAUUGGUAUAGUAGUUUGAGGUGACAGCUCUCGGUAGCAACAAUGUGCAACUUCUUUUUUCUUAACCAGUUAUUGUGGAUUCUUCCAACCAAAUUUUUGGAAUCAACACUUGGAAAGUUGGGACAGACUAAAAGAUGAAAAAUGAAAAAAUGGUGCAGUAGGCUGGUGCCAGCCAAAAUCAAGGGCUGAAUAAUAUGUGGCUGAAGAAGUUGCAAGAGUACCAGCAAAAAUCAAGGGCUGAUUUUCGUUCCUUUUAGUAAGAAAACCUUAUUGGACAUGCCUGCUGGCCAGUUUAACCAUGAGAGACAACUGAAAAUUUUUUUAUAGGUAAAUGAAAGACAACUGAAAUUACCAUUGAUUAUUCUUUGUUAUGUAGUUUUUUCUGUAACUACGGCUGCUAUGGAGUGGCAUACUGUUCUCUUUCAUUAAAUGUACUGAAUUCAGCUGGUUUUUAUGCUGGUCAUUUUAACAGUGAGAGAACUGAAAUUACUAUCGAUUAUUCUUCGUUAUGUAGUUUUUUCUUGUAACUAUUGCUGCUGUGAAGUGGCAUACUUUCAUUCUCUUUCAUUUUAUGUACUGGAUUGAGCUGGUUUUUCCUUCCUUUUAGCGAAAAAACCUUAUUGAACAUGCAUGCUGAUCAUUUUAACCAUGAGAGAGAACUGAAAUUGCUAUUGAUUUUUCUUUAAUAUGAAGUUUCUUCUUGUAACUAUUGCUGCUAUGAAGUGGUAUACUGUUGUUCUCUUUCAUUUUAUGUAGUGAAUCUGACAGUCUGCAGGAGUGGUGGUAUCUAAUUUAACCAGUGCAUGCAACAGCCCUUUAGGGCAGGAGUUGAUUUUCUCUACAUUCAAGGCUAGUGGUAUAUUUUUUUUGUUCCAGCUCAGCACUCUCAUGGUGUCCAUUUCUUUUAAUCCUUGCCUUCUUCUUUGGCUGAAUAAACUAUGUCUUUCUGUGUUGAAUGAAUUGGAAUCACUAAAAAUAUUAGGCACAAUACAAUGCUCCUAGUUCAUACUUUGUUAGUGAAAUGAUCCAAACUAUUGGAGAAACUCUUUUUUUAUAUUUUGGUUAAUAGUUUUUUUUUUUUCUUGUGUUAAUGUGUGUGUACAUUCUAAGUUUGAAGAAUAUUCCUCUUGAUUCUUGUGUCUUUGCACAGUGGUAUACAGUAAGAACUUUUAGUCAUCUUUACACCAUAUUAAUCUACAACUACUGUCACCAAUCAACAUCAUUGGUCAUGAUUCAUGAUGAAGUUUUAGUGGCUCCCAAACAAAAGAAAAGUUUUAUCUUAUGAUGUUAUGACUCAAAGUACCACCUUGCACAUUUUCAAGCUACCAUGAUUGAGAUGAAUCUCUCUAUCCUUGCAAAUAUAUAAAACCUGAACUAUAUACAAAAUAAUAUAAUUUACUGCUAUAAUAUCCAAACUUCCUGACUAGUACAGCCUAUAUUGGGAGAAAUUAUUGAGCCCAGCAAACUCCACUGGGCAGAUACAGUAAUUUCUUCUAUAUAGCCCUCAACCAGAAAACUGAACUAAAUAUACACUUGUGAAGGGGAAAGACACAUUAAGUUGAGCAGAUUUUACUUAUGAAGCCAAAAGCUCAGGGACCCCAUGAUGAAGGUUUUCUUGAAUAUCUUGAGGAUAUAAUUGGCACCAACAAAUAUGUCGAAAAAUUUGAUGAAGCAUCUAAGCAGCAACACGUAUUGCAUACAGUGGAAACAAAGAAUUUCGACGUGUGGUAACACUUGAUGGUGCUCUUUUUGAAACAUCUGGUACAAUGAGUGGUGGAGGAAGUAAGCCUCAUGGUGGCAAAAUGGGAACAUCUAUUCCAGUUGCCAGUGUGUCGGGAGGAGCUGUAGCAAAUGCUGAGAAGGAACUGUCUCUAAUGGUUGAAAAAUUGAAUAGCAUCCGCCAAAGAAUUGCUGAGGAAGUGCAGUGUUACCAGGCAUCAGAAAAAGCAAUUGCAAUCCUGGAGAUGGAACUAGCUAAAAGUCAGAAAGAGGUAAUGCUCAGUCAGGGGUUUUCUUAGGUAUCUUUUACUUGCUAAAUUUGAAGGGAAUAUGUCUCACCUACUCGAAACUUCAAAGGAUGGUUGAUUACUUGCGUUUUUAUUCAUACAGACAUACAAACAUAUAUAUGAAGCUGCUGCAGCCAUGGACUUGUUAGACAUUUCAGUGAAAUUUCUUAUAAUAGAAUCAAAGGCCUAUGAUUCUAUUAUAUCAUAGGCCUUAUUUUUGAUCUUGUUCAAGGUUUUGACAACAA